AUGGAGGAGGAGCAACUUAGCAAGAGGAGAUUCUUUGCAGCCCUCGAAAGACUAGAUCACCUCGACGAUACUGAGGAUGAUGAAGAGGGCUCCUUUGAGCGUGUUGCCGUUCUGAAACCCUCAGGAAUUCCAAUACCAACCGCCGCGAGUGUCUCACUUUCCCCAGAGCCUCCAGCACUGGAAAUACCUGCCCGGGCGAGCUCAGAUCCGAAGCCACCACCCACAGACAAACUUGGACUGAAAGAAAAAACCAGAGUGAAGAACCUCCGAAGGACUGAGCAAUCGAGAAAGGUUGAGCCAUCGACUGAACCCAAAGUGAGAAGUGUUCAGCGUGGACACACUACCGGAAGUAUGCCGGACAUAACGAGUAGAGGCCCAAUCCCAAAGAAAAGAAAGCCAAACAAAAACAUCAAAGUGGUUCCUGAAGAUCAGCAGAUUUUCAAACACCUGGUAUUCUUCUUCUUCCCAAACAAUGACGUCUCUCCAUCUCGUCGACUUCGGAUCCAACGAGCCCAGGAGUAUGGUGUACAAUGGGCCCAAGAAAGACCAGACAAAGUGACCCAUAUCAUUGUGGACAAAGGAUUGUCAUAUCGGGAUCUUGUCACCCACCUUAAGCUGGAUAAUUUUCCUGAAAAAGUUUCUAUAGUCAAUGAGCUAUAUCCAUCAGACUGCAUUAGAUUCCGCUCGGUCUUGAGCCCAUGCUAUGGUCGGUUUCAAGUCGAGGGAACCCCGGUGGUUACCGAAAAAAAGACACCAGUUGUACCAGAAGAACCGGAACCUGCGUCCUCGAACUCUUUACCUCUGAAGCAAUCCAAACGCGCACAAGAGCAGGACCAAGGGUCAACUCAACGUUCUCAUGAAGAUAGCUCUCCUGUCGCUCUUCCUGCAUCGACAGCACUAAUCAGUGAGCCCGUGCAGAAUAUUAUCCGUGACGAAGAGACUCGGGAAAGGGAUGCCCUAGAUGACUUAAUUGAUGACACUAGAGCUAUUAGCCAUUUGCCUCUCGAUUAUUUCGACUCUCACGAUGAAGGCACAGAUGAUGCAGAUAAUGAAUCAACUGCAUCGGAGUCUGACACACUUCGAAAGUCCCCUGAAUCAUCCAAAGUGGAAAGGACGGAAUCUUGGGCAAAGAGCUUCGCGUGUAUGCAGAAGUUCGACCCUGACAUGCGAAACAAUAACCCCAACAGCAAAACCAUCGAAAUCCUGCAGCAAAUGUGCGAUUACUAUGAACGCACCGCCGAUCACUGGCGCAACUUUGCCUAUCGAAAGGGAAUCAAUGCUUUGCGGCGUCAAAAGGAGAAGAUUGUUACACAAAAGCAGGCCCGGGCUAUUCCUGGCAUCGGAAAGCGAUUAGCGGGCAAGAUCGAGGAGAUCGUGCUGACCAACCGACUCCGCCAAUUUGACAAUACAAAUUACACCGCCGAGGAUCGUAUCCUCCAGGAAUUUCUCGGGGUCUAUGGCGCUGGUCUUUCUCAGGCGUCCAAAUGGCUGGCCCAGGGAUAUCGGUCCCUCAGCGAUCUUCUCGAGAAGGCCAGCCUAACCACAAAUCAGCGCAUUGGGGUGGAGCACUAUCAUGACUUUAUGCAGCGAAUCCCACGUAAGGAGGUUGAAGCCCACGGGGCGUUCGUCCGGAAGGCAGUACAGUCAGUGGAUCACGACCUGCAGGUGAUCAUUGCAGGUUCUUACCGCCGCGGGGCACUGGACUCGGGAGACAUCGAUAUCCUCAUUACCAAGCCGAAUGCCUCGAUAGACCAGGUUCGGUCUUUGAUGAAAGACACAGUCAUUCCCAAAUUAUUCGAGGAUGGAUUCCUUCAGGUAGGGCUUGCCACUUCACGAAAGCAUAAUCACGAUGGGUCUAAAUGGCAUGGCGCAUCGACUCUUCCCGGUAGCCCGAUCUGGCGGCGCAUCGAUCUACUCUUUGUGCCUGGGGCAGAAAUUGGAGCGGCCUUACUCUACUUUACCGGGAAUGACAUUUUCAAUCGUAGCAUGCGACUCCUAGCUCGCAAGAAAGGCCUUUGUUUGAAUCAGCGCGGGCUCUAUGAAAAUGUACUACGUGGCGCGCAGCGAGCGAAGGUCAGUCCGGGCCGAUUGCUUGAGAGUCGGGAUGAGCAUCGGAUUUUCUCAUUGCUGGGAGUGCCGUGGCGACCUCCUGAGCACCGAAUAUGUUGA